AUGGAGUUUCCAGAUUUUGGUAAACAAUGUGCCAACAAGGACUGUAAACAAUUGGAUUUUUUGCCAGUUAAAUGCGAUAAAUGCCAUGCCCUGUUUUGUAAAGACCAUUCAACAUUUGAUAGUCAUCAAUGUGUUCCCAUUGAAUGUACUAAUGAUUUGGGACCAAAGCUGGAAACGACUUGGUUCAAAUGCACAUUUGAUAGUUGUAUAACAAAAAAUCCCUGUGAAAUGUUAUGCCCAAAAUGUGAUAAACAUUACUGCCUGGCGCAUAGACAUCAUGGUUGUUUAGAUGAACUCCCCGGAAAAGAGGCUAGGAAAGUUUUAAGAGAAGCGGCUAAAAAAUCAAAAGAUCUAUUUACAAUAGCUAAAGAAGAAGCUGAUAAGAAAAUUGAAGCGAGUCUAAGGCAAGCCGAAUUACAGCCAGAAAAGAGACGUAUGGCCCAACAAAUUCGUUUAAUGAAACUUAAAGGGAAAGCAUUGGGUGAUAAUAAAAUACCAGUCAUCGACAGAGUUUAUUUUACUAUUCAUCCACCCAUUAAAGAUAAUAAAGUUACUUCAGCUGUGCCUUUAUUUACCAGUAAAACUUGGACAGUUGGCAGAAGUAUAGAUUUAUUUGCUGUUCGUUUAAAAAUUGAAAAUCGAAAUGAUAAAAGUAAUACUCCUAAACUGCGUUUAUUCAAACUAGAAGAUGGCGAACACUUAUCAAAUCAAAUGGACCGUGUAAUUGGUCGUAUGGUUACUGAUGGCUUAAUAUUUAAUGGAGAUUCAUUAAUUCUUCAUUAUGUUGAUGCUACAAGAAAUCCUGUUGAAAUAGAACCAGACAAAUUAGUGGAAUAUAAACUAUCAAGUGUUUAAAUACUAAUUCUAAAUAAUGAAAAAUAACUAUGUUAUUGUAUUCAGUAUAUUAAUAUAAAUUUUGUUGUUAACAUUGAUAAAAUUUGUAUAUUUCAAUAGUACACAAUUAACUUUUUGUUCAACUAAUAAUGGUAAUGUUUUUGUAACCUAUAAAUUGAAUGACUGUGUUUAUAUUAUGGAAAUCAUUGUGUAAUUAAUACAACACAAUUCAAAACAA